UUCACUACAUUGUUGUCAUUUAUGGACAUAUACGGAUUGUUUAUUGCACAUUAUCUUGGAUAUUGAAUACGAUUUACUUCACACAGGGAAUACGCAUCUGUAAUUUGGGUUGGACAAGAUGGCAAGCUGCAAUUUUCAGGCACAGUUGGUAUCCAUUCUGGAGGUUUUGGCUAAAGCAGCUGUAGCAGAAAUAAACAAUCGUGUUGAUGAUAGCUGUGCUGUUAUACGCAUGGAAAUUAUCCAAAGCCAGCGAGAUAUUGAUGUACUGAAAAGGAAGUGUCAAAUGAUGGAGAGCGAGCUGAAGAAGACACGAGGACGAGUAAGGAGAAAAGAGAGAUAUUCAUAUCCAGUCAAUAUCGUUUUGAACAAGCAGAGGAGUAACUCACAAUGGAGAGACGGAGAGAAGGCUGUUGAAGAGGACUCUCAACCCCAGGUGUAGCCCUUGAUCAUGACUCGCAAUUCCAUUACACAUAAGAGUCAUUGGAUGAAGGCGUCUUCUGUACAGGGGACCCUACAUUACUAUGCAUCGCUUGAGCCUACAGAUGUGGAGCAGAGAGUGGAGACUGAACCCAUACUGAUCAAAGAUGAGGAGACAGCAGAGGAUGUGUGGAAGACUGACCCUCAGGAAGAGCUCAGGAUCACUGGAGAGGAGUCUGGUUCCAAGCCUGGGAAAUCACCAUCCUUUGAGCAACGGCACUGUGAUGAGGACUUCAUCACACAACCCAAUAUAUCUCACAAAGACUCAGUGGAACAUUCCCCAAUUCUGAUCGUCCAGAGGAACCAGGCACACCCCAGCUCGCAUCUGAGCAGCACAGAGCAGAACCGGCCGGACGAGGACUCACUAGACCUAGUGAUGGUGAAAGAGGAGGAGCUGGAUCAGACCACGACCCUGGCAGGACCUGACCAGUUUGUCAUGGAUCAGUCUGAUGGGCAGCUGUUGACCUCUUUGGAUCCAGGCAGAGACACUGACCCUGAUGGCCACCCAGAUUUCUCCUUUCAUUCCACAGAAGAGUACUCUCAGAAUAUCUCAAUGGUCCCAUCUCAUAGUGGGCUGUCAUCUGUUCCUACUAUGACAGAUGAAGUAGGGCCAUCGCUUCACUCUUCUUUAUGGAAACCACAUGCUAACAUGUUCAGUGCAGAAAAACACAUGAGAAGACAUGUCAGGACAUUGGCUGAUGAGACUAGACAACAGAUGCCAGAGGGACAGAGCAGUAAAAGGCUGAUCUCAAAUAAUGAAGGAAAUAGUUUAGCUCUACAGUCAAGGCAGCAUCAAUACAGGGCUUCAGAAGCAACAGUGAGAUUGAGUGAGUGCAUGACAGGGUCAAACAUGGCCACCACCUCCACCUUCUCUGGAUACAGCCUGAGUCACAGUAGUUUUAACAUGGUGAAGAGAAUGAGGACUCAGUGGAAGUCGGGCAGCACCACUGAGAGGCGUUUCAGCUGCACCUUCUGUGGGAAGAGCUUCCCACGUUUCUGGCAGCUCAAAGAACACCUCCGGAGUCACACCGGAGAGAAACCUUACACCUGCGAACAGUGUGGGAGGAGUUUUACCAAGCAGUGCAACUUGAUCAGACAUGCUGUGGUCCACAGCGGGGAGAAGCCCUUCGAGUGCACACAGUGUGGGAAAUGCUUCACCCAGCGUUCCAAUAUGACAUCACAUCAGAGAACUCACAUAGGAGAGAGUCCAGUGUCUCAAUACGUGGCACCUGCAUACCCUGGGGAUCCACGCACAAGUUUAAUGUAGUCUCAGAACAGAUGGAACAAAUAGGAACAUAAUUGCAUUAUGCUUCGGAAAUACUUUCAAUGUGAAAAUGUAGAUCAAUCAACCGUACUCGCUAUCUUCUUCUACACCAUCUGAUGUGCUUUCUUUUUGUAUCUAAUACCUCUACUGAUACACUCCCCUAUGUAUUUAUUUGGACAGUGAAGCUUCAACUUUUAA